CUUAUCACAGCUUAACCAAAGUAACUCAAUAACUCAUUAAUCUGUCUAACUUAUAACAACUUAUAAUAAUUUUAUUUGUUUGUUAUCUUAUCUUGCUAUCACUUUAGUCGACUUCGUUCACAAUGUCCUCCUUAGCUGCACCAGUUAAUCCAUCUGCCAAUGGCUUGAAGCGUUUCCACCUCAAACCAUCAAGAGCUCAAGUCAACAGAUGUAUUUCUGGAGCUGAUGUUGAUUCUGCUUUUAAUUCGGAUUCGGAUUCGGAUUGUGAUUCUGGUUCUUAUUUGCCAAAAACUUUCUAUCUAGAUACUUUAUCACCAUUGGGUUUGACUGCUGCUGGUUAUGAGACUUAUUCUCGUUUUGACAUGUCUUGUAUUAACAAACUAUCUACUGCUGUCAACAAACCAUCUGUUGCUGCUGAAAAGCCAUCUAUUUCGAUUCCUACUUCAAUUCCUAUUUCUAACUGUUCUUCUUCUUCUUCUUCUUCUAUUUACUCAAAGUCGUUGUCUACUUACAGCGAUGAUGCUGCCUCUGACCUCAGCAGCCAGGACUCAGUCACAACUGAUGGUACUGAUGUUGAGUCAGAGCUACAGGAUGAAAAACAAAAGUCACAAUUUACGCUCAGACAGCAAAUCCUCCAAAAGGAAAUGGACAUCAACAACUUGGUCAUUGCUGCUCAUGAAAGACAUUCCAAGAAACAACAGGUUUUGAAGCAAUUUGAUCCCUCCAUCGAAAUCGAUGAAAGCGAAUACAAAUACGCUGACACAUUCAACUAUGCUGUCUCCAAAAGAGCAGCUUUCAAAAGAUGUGUGAGAAAGCUCAGAAACUCGAUUGUCUCCAAGACACAUCGUCGUGGUAAUAACAGUGGCAACGACAAUGGUGUUGUUGCUGCUGAUGCCUAUUGCAACCAAUUCAAGUCCAAACAACCACACACUUCAAAGCGCAAUUACAAUAAAGAUGCUUUUCGUCAAGCUAUGGCUGAGUUGGUAUAUCUUGAGUAUCAAGACCAGUUGGAAAGCCUCAAGGGCUAUUAUUAAUAUUUCGUUUCCACCACACUAUACUAUACUAUAUUAUAUUAUAUUACAUUUUUGUUGUCCAUUUCUAUAUUCUAUGUUUUGUUAUAUGUUUUGUUAUAUUUUUUGUUAUAUGUCUUUUUCUACAUUCUAUUCCACUAGUCUCUAUUCCUCUAUUCCACUAAUCUAUUGCUGGUCGAUGCUUUUCACUAAUUGUUAAUUUGUUUUGAUUCUGGUUUAUUCCUAUUUCUAUUCUUGUUCCUAUUCUUGUUCCUAUUCUUGUUCCUAUUCUUGUUCUUGUUCUUAUUCCCAUUCCUAUUCCUAUUCUAAUUUAUUAUUUUGUUAUUUUAUUAUUUUGUUGUUACUCCUCUGUUUAUACAUCCAAUAUAAUAUAACGUAAUUUUCCACUC